CGGCGGCGGCGCCGCCCGGGGCGGCGAGGCCAGGACUUCGAAACGCCGGGGGCCGGCGGGCGGCUUCGCAUCAUGUUUGGCUCCAGCCGGGGCGGCGUGCGCGGCGGGCAGGACCAGUUCAGCUGGGAGGACGUGAAGACCGACAAACAGAGAGAGAACUACCUGGGGAACUCGCUGAUGGCUCCGGUGGGCCGCUGGCAGAAGGGCCGCGACCUCACCUGGUACGCCAAGGGCCGGGCGGACGGCGCAGGACUGAGCCGGGAGGAGGAGCUGGCGGCCGUGCGGCAGGCGGAGCAGGAGGCACUCAUGGCGGCGCUAGGCUACAAGAACGUGAGGAAGCAGCCCACGGGCCUGAGCAAGGAGGACUUUGUGGAGGUGUGUAAGCGGGAAGGAGGGGACCUCGAGGAGAAGGGAGUGGACCGGCUGCUGGGCCUGGGGAGCUCCAGCGGCUCGGCAGGCCGAGUGGCGUUGUCUCGUGAAGACAAGGAGGCCGCCAAGUUGGGGCUGUCGGUGUUCACGCACCAGCGUGUGGACAGCAGCCGGCCAGGCUCCUCACCAGCCUCAGCUAGGAAGAAGCCUCGGUCAGAGGAGGACAAGGCAGAGCCCGGCCCAGAGAGCCACAAGAAAAGCAGGAAAGAAAAAAAGAAGAAGAAGAAGAAGAAGCACAAGAAAGAGAAAAAGAAAGACAAGACACAUCGGAGCAGGGUAGCCUUGCCGCUGCCCCCCACCUCUGCAGGAUCUGGUCGCCGCAGGCAUGGCUCUGACUCAGACGUGGACUCCUCGCCCUGUUCCAAGAGGCAGCGCCGGGACCACAGUGACUGAGGCCUGCCCACCCCCACCCCCCACCCCCCAGCCUCAAGGCCAGCAGCUUCCAGAGAGAGUGCCACCCAAGGAGGAUGCACUGGGCGUGGAAAGAGCCCAUACAGCCGCUUCUAUUUUUCUUUCACUCACUCUUUGUACUGAAAUAAACUUAUUUUAAGGAAAACA